GGUUCAUCUUCAGAAGUCUCGUUUUGGUCAAGGAAGCAUAGACCGGGGAUUCCUUCUUCUCAUUCAAGGGCAUUCAUCACGCUCAUUUGGCUGUCAAACUUUCUUGUUCUCUUCAUUAUGAUGAUCGGGAAAACCCACUGUCCCAAGAUUUGGCGUUGUAUUUUGAAUGCAGUCCCGUGUCCUAUUCUUUUCUAUGGUAAGGAUUUUUUUACCUAAUACCGGGCACCCUGCAGACACUCCUGUCUCUGACGUGUUCCAAGCACUGGGAAUAAUUUUUUUGUAUUCUUGAGUGGAAGCUCACAAGCCUUGACUUCACUCCUCGGAUACAUUGGACAUUCCCCAUUGCUUUCCAAUACGCAUCCAAGUGAACUAGUCACCCGUUUCCUAACCUUCUUUCAAUCCCAGCUCGCGACUAGGAACCUCUCAGGGCGAAAUCCAUCAUUCAAAAACAGGUCUAGUUUCAUUUCUAAAUGGCCGAAUCUUCGAGAACAAUUAAUCACAGGCUCAACGAGCUCUUGAGUGAAGGCAAAGCUUCUCAAAUAAAGCUCGAUGUUGAGUCAGCCCUCAAGUACUCAGACAUUUUGAAGCAAAACAUUCUAGGCAAAGACAAGCAAGAAAAAGUGAAUUCCAUAGUUGUUUUUGCGAAGCUUUUAGAUUGCGUUUCUGCGCCCGAAUCUGAAUCUGUAUCUCCCGAUUUUCAGUUGAUCUUGGACGAAAGCCUAUUCGAUGCUUUGUUCUCGAUUGUGUCGAUGAAAAUGUCUGCAGAGACAUACAGAGCGAUUUUGAAGAUAGCUCUUUUGUCAAUUUCUGGGGGAAUGUACCCUUCGUGGUUCGGCAAGUCUUCUAUUGACAUUUAUUUGCCGAUUUUUCAAAGUCUUGUCACUUAUUUAGAUGUGAUUGAUGUUAUGACUGCCAAGUUGUACACCUCCGAAACGAAGGUCGUAUUGAGCUCCAUCUAUUUGGUAAACGAGCUCAUUGAAAAGGCAUUGCAAUUCAGCUAUGAUCGUAUCAUCACCCUCAGUGGCCGUCUCAAGCAUGUGAAGUUUUUUUUCACCAUCACAACAUUGGAAGAAGUAGAAGAAGCUCAUAUGCAAACGGCUAUAUCCGCUUUGGAAAAAUCCUACUUAAGCUUGAAUGAAUACUUGAGUAAGACACGUUUUCAUAUGUCUCUUACUUCCCAUCAAGUCAUGCUCACAAACCUUUUCGUAUUCUUGGACGUCUCCUUAAAUGAGUUCGGAACGCCUGCGUCUACUGAGGAAUAUGUGAAGGCGGGAUUCACCGCAGAUCCAAAAACAUUCGUGACUGAGAAAUUUACUAUAUUGCUUGCCAUGGACUUGAAGGUCUUCUUAAAGGACCCUAAUAUGGCUUUUAAAAAGAAGUUCCACGAAGAGUUAAUUAUGAGCGACCACAACCGCACGUUCCCGUUAUAUCUUUUUAUAUCGGAGUGCACCAAGUUGUGGCUCGACAUCUUUUACGAAAAAAAGACAUACCCUCGUAUCGCCAGUCACAUUCUUUCUUGGGAGUUGAUGAUCUAUUACUCAAUGAACAACUGUUUAUCUCUAUGGCAGGAGACAAAUUCGGUUUUGGAAAACUCUUCCGACAUCAAGGGAAUCAUUGAGCUCCUUAAAAUCAAUAUUUCAAUCCUAGAGAAUUCUCUCGCUGGCGUGGGUAAUAUUGAAGAGAGUUUGGAAGACUUCACCAAAAGAACCACAACGGAGAUUCGCCGCGAACAAUUUGAUCACAUGAAAAGCACUCAUGCCUUGAAAUGGGCGCCAAGAUUCAAGGGGUUCGACAAAACCUUGGCCAAGGAAACUAUAGACUUUGUUUGCGAACAAAGAGUUAUGCAACUUCUCAAAGGCUCAUGGGUUCAUACCGAAGCCCAUGCGGACAGACUUUUCGAUGGCAAAGUGAAGAAAUCUAUUUCGUCAAACUACUAUUUUAUCAUGCUAAGUCCAAAUAGAAGGCUUCUCCAUUACAAGGAGUUUAGUGAGGUGACUACCUUGAAGCCGACUUUGGAAGAGAUGGAGUCGCAGUCUAUUGCUUUAAAAGACAUUUCCGAAUUAAAGUCCAUAAAAAUUGGAAAUCUGAUUGGAGAAGAUGACAAGGCGAAAAGCGAUUCUUUGAUUUCGGUUAAGGGAACCAUCUCGUAUGAGAAAAUUAUCUUAUGGGAUCGGCAUCAGAAGACGCUACUUAGUUUCUAUACCAAUUCUGAGGAUAAGAAGGCGGUCUGGUUAGAUGGGUUGAAGAUGUUGAAGGGCUUGUCCCAGGAGAAAGACUUAUCAAAGGAAACCGCGCAGCAAUUGACAUCUUUGCAAGAAAUCAGAAAAAACACACAAUUACUUGUCUUGGAAAGCAAGGAUUUCGAAGACGUUGCGCCAAAAGAUGAGGUUGAAAGUGAUGAUAGCGAAGAGUACUACGAUCUUGACGAGUUGACAAGUAUCUCAGAGAAUUUUCACUUCGAGUAAAUGAAUAUAGAUAUAUACGAUACGACUUGAUAAUUGUCAGAACAUUUCGACUC